AUGUUGUGCGAUCGAAUAUGUGGUAUAUCCGUCUCCCAAUACCAGUUGAACCGCUUUGGGGCUGCUGAAACCGUGUUGGAAGCGCGCAGCCGCCCGAACUAUUUCGCUAUCGUAUCUUCUCGCCCCCCCCCUCCCGCACAUGCCCGUCAUUUCGCUAUCUCACUCAUAUAUAGAAUCCACACGUAUAGUUUGUCAAUCACAGCGAUUCUUGAACUCAGCUACCGCUCGUUUCGGAUCGUCAGUACGAAGCGUCGUCAUCUCGAUAAUCAUCUUGUCGCCGACCGUUUCCGCAUCACGAAAGACCCUCUCAAAACGCCUUCCGCCCACGAUGCUGCACGUAUGCGAGCUACAUGGAUGACUUCGCGCACACGUAGAUGCCCUUUGCUCGAUCAAACCCCUGCAAGGUGCCGGAGGCCAGAUCUCGUCGACUACUCGAAGACCCUUUCUGUAGCACAUAGGAGCCUUCGUCCGCUUAUCAUCUAUCACCGGCUUGGAACACCAUUCAACGCCUCAUGUCAUCGUUUCAUCCUUGCCAACUUGCUUCUCAUGACUUUCGCGUGCAAUGGUCGCACAGACGGCAGACGUACUCGAUGCUAUCAUGCGAAGACAGCAACGACACACCUCUCUACCUUCUACAUCUUGCUUGUUGAACCAAGAAUACUCCGUGUGAUGCGUCGAUCACUCGCUUUUCUUAUCAUGGCUGCCGUUGAUCCAACAUAUCCUCUUUUACCUAUCGCCUGCUUCCUGUCUUCAGCAAUGCUGCUGCUUGUACUCUUGACAAGCUUCAUCCGGCAAAGCUGGAAUCUUGGUGUCGCUUUUUUGUGCUUCUGGCUCUUCUGGGAGAACCUCACUUUGGGGAUCAACCAUAUAAUAUGGUCCGAUAACGCUGACAUCAAGUUAUACGUUUAUUGUGAUAUCGUUUCACAUCUCGCUUUGAUCACUUAUGUUGUCAAACCUAUGGCGACCUUGAUCAUAUCGCGCCGGCUAUAUUUAAUCACUCGUUUACAGUCUGUAGAACGUCCCAACAAAGCUGCGAAACGCAAAGAACUUGCAAUAGAGUGGAGUCUUGGUCUAGUUAUUCCUCUCGUGGUCGCAGGACCCCUUUACUACAUAAUUCAGCAGCUUCGAUUCGAGGUCAACGAGGGUUUUGGAUGUGAUAACUCUCCCGACGGUUCAAUCCUCGAAAUAUUGCUCCUUGAUUCAUGGAGUAUAAUCCCUCCCCUGGUAUCCAUCGCAAUCUACUAUCCUCACGUCGCUCGACUCUUCUAUCGUCAAAGAAGGGACAUCAACCACUUCCUACGGACUAAUGACUCAGUGUCCCGCACCAACUACUUUCGCAUACUAGCUCUCGCCAGCAUCGAUAUUCUACUCACUUUGCCCAUAGGCAUCACGAAUAUCGUCUUGGAUGUGAAAACGGCUUUGUCUUACUACGGUUCCAUCCCGUUCUACUUUGGGUGGACCUACGAGCACACGGAUUGGGAGCCGGAAAGCUUCUCCUACGCAGAUAUAGUGGUGCAAGGGACUUCCUCUGUAGCACAGUUCUACUUCAACCAAUGGACAUCGCCCAUCCUCGCAUUCGCCAUCUUUGCCCUCUUUGGCGUCACCUCAGAAGCCCGCGCGUCCUACUGGCGCAUCAUCUGCACCAUCGGCGGCUGGAUCGGCUGGAAACCAACUCCUUGCACUCGUAGGGCGCGUUCACCGCUGGGAGACAUCGCCUUCGGCGAGCGGCCCGCUCAGAACUCUAUGUCGCUCGGUCUCGAUUCGAAUCCGAGCUUUAUCAACCGCGGCGGACAGGCGCAAGAACGUGCAUCGGGAGAAGUGGAGAGUGGCGCGGACAAGGAAAUCGAAGAGGUCCGUCGGAUCACCGACGGCACAGUUAGAGAUGCUGAGCAUCAGUCUGGAUAUCAGGCGCCUCAUUGUGCCAAAGCAGUAGACGCCUCGAGCGCCGUGUGA